AUGCACCACGACAUCCAACGACCGCCACCGCCGUCCACGCAAACGAAGACGUCGGAAAUCGGAACGGCUUCGUCCGAGGUUGACUUUGAUAGCAAUGUGACCGUGCGGACGAUGCGUUCUCUCAAAGAUUGGUGAGUUUGGGGAGGAGAAGAGGGAGAGGGAGAGGGAGAGAACUUUGUAUUCUCGAGCAAAUAUCUAGCCUGGCCGAUGUACGCCUUCUGAAUGAAUGGCAAUGUAAUCUUGGCAAACAUGUUCUUCGAGUUGUGUUGCGUUUUAUGAAAGUAUCAGUCGGAAAGGCUUCGACGUCUGAAACUGUUAUUAUUUAACCCGAUGAGGUGACUCGUUUCCUAACUUCUACUCGCAUUAAAACUGUUUCCAGGGCCUCAUCCAGCAAGAAUUUAGCCAAUCAAAUUGUGAUCGAGGUGCCCAUCAAAUCGUACCGAAACCUCAAAAAGUACAAUGGAGUCGGGUCGGCGCACCGCGAAACGAAACACUUCACAAGUAGGUCUUCUUAUCAGAGAAAUAUUAUCGGCUCUAAUUGAUCAGUGAUAAUUCUGAUAAGAGUAAUUCAAAAAAUAGUAGGGGUUUAGAAGUUUAUUUCAGUUUUUAUUCUCAAGCGGAUACGAUUAGAUCACAAUGCGAACAAGAAUACUGCGUCCUACUGGUUUUGAUCCCACUGGCACAGUUCUCUGUGUCCAACUUUCCAAAAUCAUUGAACUUUCGUCCUAGUCCAAAUAUAGCAAACUCCUUUGUGAUAAGAAGCCCUUAACGACGACGUCGUCUCCCCCUAUUUGCUCCUUUCACUCUUUGCAGGCACCACCACAAUGCACGGUCCGAAACGAAUAUUCUACGGAAAAGGAUUCGCGCGCGCCUUCUGGAUCCUCAUCGUCGCGUUGGCGUUGGCGAUGCUCGUCUUCCAGAUCGUCGUCCUCCUUCAGAUGUACUUCUCGAAGCCGACGCUCUCGCAAGUGUCGUUCAUUGUCAACGAGGGCGGAAUGGACUUCCCGGCCGUCACCGUGUGCAACUUCAAUCCCAUCAAAAAGUCCUACGUCAGGGAGCUUAAUGUGUCCGGGGAUUUGUCGGGGGAAACACUCGAGUACCUUCUGCAGACGAACAUGGACACGAUGUUUGUCUUCAGUAAUCUAGACAGAUACAAUCUGAAAAAGAGUGAGAUAAUCGGAAAUGACGUGGCAGAAGGCGUGAUUUGCAGUCCAUGAAGACGCUGAAACGUACUUUGCGAACCACACAGACUUCCAAAUCAUAAAGUUUCUCCGGACGGCCGGCUACGAUUGCAGCGAGAUGUUUCUCACCUGUUACUUCGGAGGCAGAAGGUAUUCGAGAUCUUCUGUAGCUUCAAUGAACACUGAUUCAUCAGAUUCGACUGUUGCAAGUACAUGAGCGCGAAGAUUACAUCGCUCGGAAAGUGCUGGGAACUCGACCUGCAGAAUUUGGCUCCGGACUGGAUGCGAAAACAAAUAUCUCCGGGAGUGGAGGCAGGGCUUCAGAUCAUUGCUGACGCGAGAUUAGAGGAAGAGUUGAAGGGCGAGCAGGGGGAUGCGAAUGCGAUCUUCUCGGAUAUCUACGAGAACGGCUUCCGCUACUAUAUCCAUCCGCCCGGCGCCAAUGCGGAACUCUCCUCCGAAGGCAUCAGUGUUUCCCCUUCCCGCACUGUUUACUCGGCCAUCAAGACUGUUUCGGUUGGUUUCCCUUCCUCUCGGCUCAAUUAUCUCUCUGUUCAGCACAACCUUCUCAACCGCAGGAACUGGGGUAACUGCUCGGAGCACUGGCCGGAGCACUACGACACUUUCCUCGCGUAUUCCUCGUCUGCGUGCCGUGCUCUCUGCAUUGCCCAGUACUUCAAUGACACCUGCGGAUGUGCUCCGUUCACUUACAACGUCGAUGGAAGUGCGUUCGUCCUGAAUACCAGCGAAUAGUGUCAGUUUCAGAGAAGAAAAUAUGUGCUCCGUACGAAUCGGUGACUUGCAUGGACGAUCACAUGCUGCGGAAGCUGAACGGAACCGACUAUCUGGAACUUCCCGACUGUACAGAGUGUCAUAUGGAAUGCCAAAGCACGAGUUACACUUCCUACAACUCCUAUGGAGACGGUUUCAACAGAGGCUCGUUGGAAUGGCUGAAAAAGUUGACGAACAAGUCGGAAACGCACAUCCGCGACAACGUGGCAGUCAUCAACAUUUUCUUCCUCGAGAUGUUCUACACCUCGUACUCGCAAAUUCAGUCCACGUCACUCACGGAAAUCCUAUCGGAUAUCGGUGGAAACAUGGGCAUGUUCCUCGGAAUGUCGGUGAUCACAAUCACAGAACUCUCCCUUUACUUUUCGAAAAUCUUCUGGAUAAUGGUUUCGAAACGAAGAAGACAGUACAUGUAUUCGAAGAAGAAGACGGAGAAGGAGAAAGAGCAGCAGCUGGAGGAAGCGGUCAAAGAGUUCCAGGAUAGGAGAUCCAGACGGAACUCGAGGGAAAACAUCUCAUCCCUGAGCAACUUCAGUAAUCGGAUAGCGCCAGUUGACGAGUUGCCGCGCAAGUUUGGCUACAAAAACUCUGAUGAGAACUAUUCGAAUUCGAGUUUGGACAGUGUGGUAGGUUAUUUGCUGAUAUAUGUUUGUGAGCAAAUGAUAUCAUAAAGUUAAUGUGAUACAGUACCUCGAGUGCCUAUCGGAAAACCACUCUCCGCCUCUUUCCCAUCAACUUUUAAGAUUUCAGAUUGAGUUGAAAUUCGAUGUGAACGAACUGCGUCGCCAGUUAAAUCAAGCGAACUCUGACGGAAUCGCCCGUAUCCGUCUUCCCAGCCAGCCGCAAAUAGUCGAGAACAACUCGAAUACUCCACCCAUUUUCACAAUAGAAGCUUCUCCGUCGCGGAAGGCCUCCGAGACGCCGAGCCCUCCGCAUCCAAAGUUCCCGUCUUCCAGAUGA